AUGAAUGUUUUAAAACAAUUACAUUUUAAAAUUAUUGAUAAAAGAAUAUUUAAUAUCCGAACAAUGAGGAGUGUAGCUAAAAUUGACUCUGGUAGGAGUUCUAUACAAUUAAGAAGGCCAGAAAAGCGUUUACUUAAAUUAAAAUUUGAUCAUAUACCUAUAAAGGACCAAGUUGUAGUUAUGUUUCCUGGUUAUGGUACUCAAUAUUUGACUAUGGGACGUAAUGUAAUUGACAAUCCAAAUAGUAAAAGGCUUUUUGAUCAGGCAAACGAAUUUUUGAAAUUUGAUUUAUUUGAUCUUUGCCAAAAUGGUCCAAAAACCAAACUUGAUCAAAUAAUUAAUUCUCAAAUGGCAAUUUUUGUUUCUUCCCUCGCAGCUUUUGAAAAAUUGAAAACAGAACAGCCAGAUAUAAUGGAGCAUGUUGCUGGUUUUGGACAGGGUGAAUUCUGUGCAUUAGUAGCUGCAAAUGUUAUCAAUUAUGAUGAUGCCUUAAAAAUAAUGAAGAUUUAUGCAGAUGCUACUGAAAGUUGUUCAAAAUUAUCAUAUUCUGGUAUGAUAACAAUUCGGACAUGUGCAGAGUCUCAACUAUUGAGGGCCUUAUCAGAAGCGAAAGAAUACUCGGAAUCAAAAGGAGAGCUUCCUCUUUGCGAAUUGGCAGGUUAUUUAUUUUGCCACGUGAAGAUAAUUGCUGGAACAAUGAAGAGUCUAGAAUUCCUUAAUCAACAUGCUAGCCAUUUUAAAUUUCAGAUACUCAAACGUUUGCCAAUUUAUGGUGCCUUUCACACGACACUAAUGAACGAAGCUGCAAAUGAUGUUAGGGAAUAUUUGGAAGGGAUUAAGGAAAUAAAUAUUCCUUGUAUAAAUGUUUACUCAAACUACACGGGAAGACCUCACUUAUUUCAAAUAAAAAGAAUAAAACGUGAUGUUGUCAGACAAAUUACAAAUCCAAUUAAAUGGGAACAGAUUGCACAACUUCUUUUUCAAAAGAGACAGGAUGAGGUUUUUCCUUCCUAUAUCGAAGUUGGGCCAGGUAAACAACUUGGAAAUAUUUUAUAUAAUAUUGGAAAGAAAACUAGAAAUACAUAUAUACAUUAUCCACCUUAA